GUCAUUCAAUCGUCUUGCAACUUUUCUGUACUCUUGCAAUCCUCCCUCCUCCUCCUCCUCCUGCCCUCUCUCUCUCUCUCUCUCUCUCUCUCUCUCUCUAAACCUCUUUCGUAAUUCGACUGAUCGAUCAUGGAGAUGGAGCGUGUUACUGAGUUUCCCCACACGUACAUGGACAGGCGACCUAGAAAAAGGCCUCGUUUGGGCUGGGACGUUGGUCCUCAGGACCCUAAGGCUCAGCUAGGAAUGUUUUGUGGACAAGAGGUUGGAAAUGUGACAAGCUUUGCAUCUUCAAAGGCGCCUUCAGGCAAUACUAGUUCUUCUCUGUUUGUUAAGGGAGUGGCUCGAAAUGGUUCUCCCCCACGGCAAGUAGAUGACAAAGAUGGGCAUUACAUGUUUGCAAUUGGAGAAAAUUUAACUUCUCGCUACAAAAUCCACAGCAAAAUGGGUGAAGGUACUUUUGGUCAGGUUUUGGAAUGCUGGGACAGAGACAAGAAAGAAAUGGUAGCCAUUAAAAUCAUUCGUAGUAUUAAGAAGUAUCGUGAAUCAGCGAUGAUAGAAGUUGACGUGCUGCAACAGCUUGGAAAGCAUGAUAAAGGUGGCAACCGUUGUGUGCAAAUACGGAACUGGUUUGACUAUUGUAACCAUAUCUGUAUUGUUUUUGAGAAGCUUGGACCAAGCUUGUACGAUUUUCUACGGAAAAACAAUUACCGAUCAUUUCCCAUUGAACUUGUUCGGGAGAUAGCCAGACAACUGUUGGAAUGUGUAGCAUUUAUGCAUGAUUUGCGUCUCAUACAUACUGAUUUGAAGCCUGAGAACAUACUCCUAGUGUCUCCGGAGUGUGUUAGAGUUCCAGAUUCCAAGGUUCAAUCAAGAUCACCAAAAGAUAGUUCUUACUAUAAGAGAGUGCCAAAAUCAAGUGCCAUCAAGGUAAUUGAUUUUGGUAGUUCAACUUGUGACCGUCAGGACCAGAGCUACAUUGUAUCAACACGACAUUAUCGUGCACCUGAGGUUAUUCUGGGGCUUGGAUGGAGUUACCCUUGUGACAUAUGGAGUGUUGGCUGUAUUUUGGUGGAAUUAUGCUCGGGAGAAGCAUUGUUUCAAACCCACGAAAAUUUGGAGCACCUUGCCAUGAUGGAGAGGGUCCUUGGUCGACUGCCUCAGCAUAUGUUGAAGAGAGUAGAUCGGCAUGCAGAGAAGUAUGUUAGGAGGGGUAGAUUGAAUUGGCCAGAGGGUGCAACCUCUAGAGAGAGUAUCAAAGCUGUUCAGAAGCUACCGUGUCUUCAGAACUUAGUCAUGCAGCAUGUGGACCAUUCAGCAGGGGAUCUCACACAUCUUUUGCAGUUACUUCUCAAGUACGAUCCCUCCGAUAGGCUGACUGCACGGGAAGCCCUCAAACAUCCUUUCUUCACCAGAGACCAUCUUAGUAGGUCUUGAGCAGUGAGAUAACAGCUAGUUCGUGUCAUUUUUGUAUAUGGUAUGCCGAAUUUUCAGCUGGUCAGCGGAGGGCAUUGAUCUUAUUUUGUUGCAUUUGUGGAAGGUUUGGAUGGAUCACUUGCUAAUCACCGCGGUCCAUUGUGUGUAUAUAUCCCCCUACGCAAGCCGUUUGCAUAUAGAAAAUUCUCUAAUUCCGAUGUGUAUUGAUUGGGUUUUUUAAUCAAGGACAAGUUGAAAUUCUUUUUUGGCUGUUGAUUUCUGCAACUAGUUAUGUUAUGAAUUGUAUGCUUCUUGAUGUUUCGCACCAA